GGCCAGCCAGCCACGCCCCGAUCGCCUCCCCGUCCCCGCCGCCCGGAAGGAACCGCUCAGGUGCCGAUGGGGCCGGGCAGCCACGCCGACCUGCCCGUCUCCUCCUCCUCCUCCUGCAGCCGGAGGAGCCCUCUAGAGAGCCGCCUGCUGCUGCUGCUGCUGCUGCUGCUGCCUGCCUGAUCCGGAGCCGCCUCCUCCUCCGCUGGGCGCCAUGUCGGACAUCCUGCUCAACCUGGAGACGGUGCUCCCACCCCCGCCAGCCCAGAAGGGCCCCGCGGGGGGCAACAAGAAGCACCAGCGCUUCGUCAAACGCCGGCAGUUCCUGGAGCGGAAGGGCUUCCUCAAGCAGAAGCAGCUGCCCCCCCAGCCGCCCCCGCCCAGGCGGGAUGCCUCCCUCAGCUGCCCCGCGGGGCCCCACCGGCCCAAGAAGAAGCAGAGGGUGGAGGCCAAAGAGGGCGGCAAACCCUCGCUGGAGGAGCGGCCCCCUUGCAGGCUCAAAGUGCCGCCCAAGGAGACCUCCGGUUCGGGCGCCGUGGAUCCCACAUCCUGGACCUCCGGCUCCUCGGCGGCGGCGGCUGCGUCGUCGUCGAGGAAAACGGGGAGCUGUGCCGGGAAGCCCAACGGGACCCUCUGCAGCCGGGGGGACGUUCCCCGAGUCAACCUGUUGAGCGAAUUCAAGAGUGGCCUCCCUGAUGCGCCGGGGCUCGCCAAGCCCAGCAAAAUGGUGGCCAUUGACUGUGAGAUGGUGGGCACGGGGCCCGGCGGGCGCAAUAGUGACCUCGCUCGAUGCAGCGUGGUUGGCUAUUAUGGCGAUGUGAUGUACGAUAAGUACAUCCGUCCCCUGAGCCCCAUCACCAAUUACCGGACUCGGUGGAGUGGCAUCCGGCAGCACCACAUGAGAGACGCCGUCCCCUUCAAGCUAGCCCAGAAAGAGAUUCUGAAGCUUCUCUCGGGGAAGAUUGUCAUUGGCCACGCCAUCCACAACGACUUCAAAGCCCUCAAAUAUUUCCACCCCAAAUCCUUGACCAGGGACACCUCAAAAAUCCCCCUGCUCAACCGGAAGGCCGGCUUCCCCGAGAACGAGUCGGCCUCCCUGAAGCGGCUCACCAAGCAGCUCCUGCUCCGAGACAUCCAGGUUGGUCACAAUGGACACUCGUCGGUCGAAGAUGCCAGGGCUACCAUGGAGCUGUACAAGGUGAUCGAGGUGGAGUGGGAGAGGCACUUGGCCACCUCCCCUCUCCAGGACGGACCGCCGGACACCACGUGA